GGGGAUCGGCCGUCGGCGCAGUGUUCGGCCGCAACCGCCGUCGUCUGCUGUGUUUGGGCACGUUCCAUCCCCGGCGCGCAACAGCGACAGCACAAGCCACAAGCAGGCAGCGGCAGCACGAGCGUGAGCGGCGGCCGUGUAUGACGACGCUUGCCUCGUACGAACGUUUUAUAACUUUUUGCUUCGUUUUUUUCGCCUCUCGAUAAAAUCGCGAAUAAUUCCCUGUGGUGCGAUACGAUCCUCGGACACGUCGACGAUAAAAUCCGAUCUUGACGACGAAAUCACCGUCAUCGUCGUCGAUCUCGUUGUUGUUGUUUACGUCCGUCAGCGGCUCAGUGAUAAUAGACAGGACCGAUAGUAAUAAUAAUAAUAAUAAUAAUCGUCGUGUGUGUGUUGCGCGCGCCAGACGGUUACUUGUUGAUUUGAUUUUUUUCCCCGAUUUUCUUUCUGGACGCGUUUCCCCCGGCUACCACCUCCCCCUGUCGACAAUACCGAAGCGGAUUCGGCGUCGUCCGUCGCGCAUUUUGUGAGCAUCUCGCUCGCACGCGUCACACACACACUCGCUGCUUCACUCACACACUCACACACGCACACGCACACACACGGGAACGUAACUGGCAAGUACACACUACACACACACGCGACCGCGCGCGCGCACACACACUCUCGUACAGUCACUCUCGCACACAUUCACGGACCGGAUGCCAAAAUAAUCGUGCAGCCCGCUUUUCCGCCGGAUGCAGUAGUGGCCCGCGAACACAGCAACAGACUUCAUCGAGACACCGAUGCGAAGACGGUCAACAUGUAGACGUCAUGAUCGACAUGAUCCGCCGGCAGAUCGUCGCCGCCGCCGUCGUCGUAACCGCCAUACCACUUGGCCACCACCACCUCGAGGGUGCACCGUCGUCUUGAACAGCCGCCAUGGACCAUUCGGCUGCGGCGGUCCACACGUCUAACGAAAGGCCAUCUGAACAUUUACUUCCUCAACCCUUGAUUGCAGAGGCUCUAGAUACUCCAUCAAAUUUACCAUCUACAACUACAUUAACUGUUUUAGUAGUUAAAGAUGAAAGAGGAUAUGGCAUGAAAGUAUCUGGAGAUAAUCCGGUAUUUGUGCAAUCUGUCAAACAAAGUGGGGCUGCAGAAAAAGCAGGCUUACAUAGUGGUGAUAAAAUUAUUAAAGUGAAUGGUGUUAAUGUGACGCACUCUACACACACAGAAGUGGUUGAACUUAUAAAAUCUUCCACCCAAGUCGAAUUAACAGUCCAACAAAGGCCUUUGUUUAUAAAUUCAUCAAAUCCUAAUUUAACAUUACCACCUUUGCCUUUACCGACAAUGAAUUCUUCUACUGUAUCUCCAAUAACACCGUGUUCUUCUGUAACACCAUCCAGACCUUUGCAUCACCAUCAUUCAGCUCCUGCUCGUGAUCGAAUUACAGGACCUCAACCUGUUGAUGUGGAACAAAUGAGACAUGUUGAACUAGAACGAUGGCAAACAUUCAGAUUAAUGUUAGAAAAAGAACAAAGGUAUGUGGAGGUAUUAAAAAAAGAACUUCAUAGAUCGUCUUCGGAUGUAUCCAGCGGUGACAACUAUAAAUUGAAAAGAGAAUUGACUGGCGCUGAACGUCGAGUUAAAACACUGCAAGACCAGUUAACUACGUUCAAUGAAAUACCGCUUUGUAAUAUUGUUGCACAAGCAUCUUCACUUCAACCUCCUCCACUACCACCAAGAAACCCACCACCACUACCUCCUAGAAAUCCAACGGCCCCUUUGAUUAGUGAUAAGCAGUCGAAUAAUUCACAUAUCACUGGUGUUAACAAUAGUCAAACUGAUUCUCCUAACCUUUCAUUGUGUCAUCAACGUACAAAGUCAAAUCCUGAUCAACUUAGUGAAGGUAAACCAUUAGGUAGUAAAAAGUUAAGCUUAUCUGAAUCCUUCAAUGAUUUGCAUUUUGUAAAACACUCCAAGGGUGGAUUAGCUUGGGAUGUAGUAUCACCACCUCGUCAACAUUCUCCUAACAGAUCUCCUGAUGUAGCAAACCCAUGUGAUAAACCGCACAUAGAUAUGAAUAAACAUGGUGGUGAUCGAUGUUCAGUUGAUUCUUCAGAUCUAAAACUAACUCAAACUCCAAUAAUUUCAAUGGAGGAUGAUGAAAUUUCUGAUCAAGAAUCUAGCCAUUUAGAAGAACAUGGCCCAUUUAAAAGUUUUACUAAAUUAGUAGAACAUAAUGCACAUCUAGCAGUAUUUUUAAACUAUGUUAUUUCAAAUAGUGAUCCCUCGGCUUUACUAUUCUAUUUAGUUACAAAUUUAUUUAAAGAAGGCAAUGCCAAAGAAAUGAAAAAAUGGGCAUAUGAAAUCCAUUCCAGUUUUCUAGUGCCUUGUGCUCCAUUGAGACUGACUAAUAUUGAAGAGAAUCUUGUUCGUGAAAUUGAUGACAUUUUACAAAAAGAUUCGGAUCGUGAAGAAAUUUUACGUAAAUUUAGAGAGGAUAUGGACAAAGAAAUUGUAGAUGAUAGAAGAUUUACAAUGGCAGCUGCACUGGCUACAGUUAUGAGUAAAAUAUUUGGGCUUCGGGGAACUCAAUUUAAUUCUCUUUUAGAUCGUUGUCCUACAUUUGUUUCCAAAGAAAAAUCUCUGAAAGCUAAACUUAUUGGAAAAUGUCGAAAAUUUACUAACAAAGGGCAUCAUUUUGUCGCUCAUCAGUAUUUCACUGUGACUUAUUGCAAUCAUUGUCAGUUAAUUAUUUGGGGAAUUGGACCACAAGGUUAUCAAUGCACAAAUUGUAUUUUAAAUAUUCAUCGUGUUUGUGUGAAAGUUUUGGAUGAAAACUGUCCUGGUCCAAUAGUGAAAAAAGAUAAAGCCAAUGAUCGCAUUAGUAAACUUAUGGAUAAAAUUCGACCUGAACGUGAAACUCGAAGAAAACCUGGUUUGAACUUUGUUCAAAUUGAAAAAUCAAAGAGACAAUCUGAAGACUCUGGUGAUAUAGUUGGGGCCCUUCCUGAAAAAGAUUCCGAUCGAACGAGUUUAAGCAGUAGUAGUUUUCAUUUUAAAAAUGAUGAUAGUUUUAAAUCGGAAAGAGGAGAUACAAGUACAAUUGAAGAAAUGUCUCAUUGUCCAAAACUAAAACCAACAGGAAUCUCCAUAAAUCGAUCUGAAAGCUAUAAAGAACGUAUACACCAAAAGCGUCAAAUUCGAGAAAGAAGGAAAACCAGUGAUCCCAAUCUCCCUUCAAAAUAUAAAAACGAUGUUGAACACGAAAUGCAGUUUUCAUUUGCACGUUCUGAUAGCUCCUCAAAUUCUAAUUUAUCAACUAAAAGCUUGGACAGUCGUAGUACAUCUUUGGAAGGUAUUGGACAAGGUGGAGAGAUGACAUCUUGUUUAGAUAGUGAUUCUGAUGAUGAAUUAGAUUUACCUGAUUGGGCCAGUAAUGUUCCAACUGAAAUAUUGGAUCAGUUAUCAUCUAAAGAGAAAAAACGUCAAGAAGUUAUCAACGAACUUUAUCAUACUGAAAGAUCUCAUAUUCGAGGGUUAAAAGUUUUGGAGCAUGUUUUUCAUCGACCUAUGAGAGAACUACAGGUGUUACCACAAGACCAACUUCAACUGUUAUUUGCCAACCUUGAACAAAUGUUUGAAUUACACUCUCAAUUUUGUAAUGCCAUGAAAGCAGUUAGGAAAGACAAUCAAGUUGUUCAAAAUAUUGGUCAUGUUUUACUUAAUACUUUUGAUGGAUCUGCUGGAGAAGUAUUUCAAAAAGCUGCUGCUACAUUUUGUGCUCGACAGCAAAUAGCUUUAGAAUCUUUAAAAGAAAAAAGGAAAAAAGAUACUAAAUUAAAUAUAUUUUUAAACGAAGCUGAGGGUAAUCCUGUGUGCAAACGUUUACAGUUAAAAGACAUUUUACCUACUGGCAUGAUAAGAUUAACUAAAUAUCCAUUACUAUUUGAAAGUUUGGUAAAAUGUACUUCAAAUGAAGAAGAAUUAUUGAAUAUCAGAAGAUCGUUUGAGAGAAGUAAAAUUAUUUUAAAUCAUGUAAAUCAAGCAGUACGUGAAGCAGAAGACCAACUUAGAUUGUCUGGUAUUCAAAAAAAACUGGAUGCUUCUCCAUUUGAAAAAGUUGAUCAUCCUCUAAGUGUUGACUAUAAGAAUUUAGAUGUAACAAAACAUAAAUUAAUACAUGAAGGUGGUCUGUGGUUAAGAAUUGGCGGAACUCGUCAAAAAAUGAUUGAACUGCAUGUAUUGCUGUUAGAAGAUCUAAUUAUUUUGUUGAACAAGGUAGAUGAUAAAUAUGUUUUAAAAUAUUAUGGUUUUCAAGAUCGUACUCCUACUUUAAGUCCAAUUAUUAAGAUGUCAACGGCUUUGGUCAGACACAAUGCAGUGGACAAAAAAGCUAUGUUCUUGGUAAACACAUCACUAGCUGGUGCUCAGAUAUAUGAUUUAGUUACAACUUCAUCAAAUGAAAGAAAAACAUGGUUUCGUCAUAUCUCGGAAGCAACCGAAUCCUAUAAAGCUCGUGAAGGAAAAAUAAAAAAACAAGAACAGACCUCUCAUCAUGUUAUUGAUUACGAAGACAUAAUACAGGGUACUAAAAAAAAGUCGGUGACUGAUAAUUGUUCAGAACCUCCUAAUAAUAACAAUAAUAAUAGUUUAAAUAGUUCCCAGUUAUCCACAUCAUUAGACUCUAGUAAUUGUGAUACAUCUAAACAUGGUAAUGAAAACUUUCAAAAUAGUGGUGAAGCAUUGACAAUCGCUAACAGCACUCCUGUGUUGUCCAAAACUCAAAAAAGUCCAUUAAUUGAGCCAUCUGAAGUAUUAGUGUCACAAAGUUCUGUACUCAAAGCCGAACCAGUAAUCACACACCUUGAAAAAUUACGUAGAAAUAAUAGAGUUAUUGAAGAAGCAUUAAAUGAACGUUUACAAUUAGUUGCUGAUAUACUAAAAGUGCCUUUAUCAAUCCCUAAUAAGACAUCUGAUGGUCAGGAAAAAAACAUUUCAGACGAGCCAAAUGAAAUUUUACUUUCAGCAGUUUCUCAAGGAAAUGAAAUCAUCACAGUAUUAAAUGAAUCACUUAGUAUGACUGAUGUCGAUGCUAUUGCCGCAAGUUUGGGAACAUCAAAUUUAACGUCAAAUUGUAGUUUAUAUAAAGCCUAUGCUACACAAUUGUCUCGGAUCACUAAAGUAAAACCAAUUGUAGCUUCUUUGAAUUCUCAAAUUACAGAACUUUUGAUAUCAACUACAAAACAUGGUAAACUAGAAGAAGACUUACGUAAAGAACUUCAGACUUAUCGAGAAAGACUACAUGCUUUUCAAGAAAAAUCAAUAGGAUCUACAAAUCCUGAAAAAAAUAAAACUGAAAGUUCUGUCAACAACGCUUCCACUAUCAACAGUUCAGAGAAAAAUGGCUCAUCAUUAGAGAUUUGCUGUUCACAGGUAUGAGUGUAUUUAUUAUUAAACAUCAAUACAUAAUAUACACACUUUACCAAUAUAAUGUCAUAUCAUGCCAAUACGUUUUCACUGUGUCAUUACAAUAGUCUACCGCUUAUAAAUUGUAUCAAUAUCUUUUAAAUCUUUAAAUUGAAAGUAUAUAUUUAUUUAUUUAUAUUUUAUUAUUUUAUUUAAAUGAUAAUUUUUCAUGAAGGUAACUAACAAAUGAUCAUUGUUUUUUUUUUUUCUUAAACAUUAUUUUACGUCCUGUUUUAUUUAAUUUUUUUUAAGACUGUGUAAAAAAACCUAUACGAUUAUUUUAAUAAAGAUAACUUUACAUCUUAACUUACGAUACCUUAAUAUCUUUAAGAUAUUGCUAUUAUUUUUAUUAUUUAUUUAUUAUGAUUUUUUUUUUUUUUUUUUAUUGCUGUUUUAAAUUCAAUGUAAGUGUUAAUACCUUUAGUUAUAUGUUUUUAUUACUACUUAAUUUAAUUGUAUGUUUUUUUUUUUUAGUUUUACAUAUUAAGUGUUACUUGUUACCAUAUAACAAGGUUUGCGUAAUUUGUUAAUAUGUUAAAUUAAUUUAAAAACAAAUUAAAUUGUAAGCUUUAUUAUUUGCUAAGCCAAUAUGAGACUAGCUUCAAAUACAAUUUUACACUAUUCAAUGUUUAAACAUGAAAAACUUUAUUUUUUAAAUACAUAAAUUAAUUUAAUA